UUAUUCUUGGAAAAUUUCGCACCACUUGUGAAUUCCUUGAACCUGGGCAUUGCAAACCCACUUCUGUUGGGCCCAUCUCCUUUGCACUUUGCUCAGAUUAAGACUCAGUUGGCGCUGCAGCAGCUGAAUGCCAUUGCCUCACAUGGUUCAACACCACCUUACACUUUAUUAAAUCAGGCUUUCUUGAAAAUAGCCAUGUCGAGACCCAGGUUUAAUCCUCGAGGAAACUUUCCACUUCCAAGGCCCCGAGCACCUAACCCAUCUGGGAUGAGGCCUCCAGGACCAUUUAUGAGACCUGGAUCUAUGGGUCUUCCAAGAUUUUAUUCGGCAGGAAGAGCCCAAGGAAUUCCACAAAGAUUUGCUGGCCAUGAACCUUACCAGAACAUGGGACCACAGAGAAUGAAUGUCCAGGUAACUCAGCACCGAACUGAUCCAAGAUUGACCAAAGAAAAAUUGGAUUUUCAUGAAGCUGAGCAAAAGAAGGAGAAGCCUCUUGGUGGCCGGUGGGAGGAGUCCCACCUGUCUGCUUCAGUCGGAAUGAAGCCGAGUGCUGUGGCUGCAGAGCCGAGUCCUAAAGUGCAGAGUCGCUAUACGAAAGAGAGUGCCUCAAGUAUCUUAGCAAGUUUUGGAUUAUCUAAUGAAGAUUUAGAAGAGCUCAGUCGCUAUCCUGAUGAGCAGCUGACUCCUGAAAAUAUGCCAUUAAUAUUGAGGGAUAUACGGAUGCGAAAAAUGGGACGCCGAUUACCUAACUUACCCUCUCAGAGCAGAAAUAAAGAAAUACUUGGUACUGAAGCAGUUUCAAGAAAUGUGAUUGAUUAUGGGCAUGCAAGCAAAUACGGCUACACUGAAGAUCCACUUGAAGUACGUAUUUAUGACCCUGAAAUUCCAACAGAUGAGGGCAAGAAUGAAUUUCCAUCACAGCAGAGCAUCUCUGGAUCUACUCCUGCUUCAAAUGUAAUAUGUGAUUCUAUGUUUCCUGUUGAAGAUGUGUUCAGACAGAUGGACUUCCCCAAUGAAUCCUCUGAUAAUCAGUCUUUCUUCUCGAUUGAGAGUGGAACCAAGAUGUCAGGCUUACACAUGUCAGGAGGACAGUCAGUCCUUGAACCUGUAAAAUCUGUGAGCCAGCCUAUUAGCCAAACCAGUAGCCAGACAGUGAGCCAGUCUCUGGUUACUUCAUCUGUGAACCAGCAGCCUUUUUCUAAGGAAUUAAUUUCAACUGUAAGCCAACAAGAGCGGAUCUCUCAUGAACCUGUGAUGGACUCAUCUAAAGUAUCAGGAGGAAGUAAAAAGAAUUACCAGUCAGAGACUGAUGAACCCUUUCGGUCUCCCUUUGGGAUUGUGAAAGCAUCAUGGCUUCCAAAGUUUUCACAUGCUGGUGCCCAGAAGAUGAAGAGACUGCCAACUCCUUCUAUGAUGAAUGAUUAUUAUGCAGCAUCUCCGAGAAUAUUUCCACAUUUGUGUUCUCUCUGUAACGUAGAAUGUAGUCAUUUGAAGGAUUGGAUUCAGCAUCAGAAUACUUCAACUCACAUUGAGAGCUGCCGACAGUUACGCCAACAGUAUCCUGAUUGGAAUCCUGAAAUCCUUCCAUCAAGAAGAAAUGAAGGCGAUAAAAAAGAGGAUCGAACUCCAAGACGACGUUCUCAUUCCCCCAGUCCUAGGCGUUCUAGGAGGUCAAGUUCAAGUCAUAGGUUACGGAGGUCUCGAAGCCCUGUGCGUUACAUAUAUAGACCCAGAAGUCGAAGUCCAAGGUUGUGCCAUCGUUUUGUUUCUAGAUACAGAUCCAGAUCCCCUAAUCCAUCACAUCGAUUGAGAAAUCCAGUGAGCCCUGAUUUCUAUCGAUCAGUUCGCCCUGAAAGGACAUCAAGGAGAUCAGUGAGAUCACCAGAUAGAGAAAAAGCCGUAGAAGAUGUAGCACAACGAUCUGUACAUGGAGCAGAAACUGGUAAAAAGAAGCAUUCUGAACCAUCUGAUAAAGGACACUCACCAGCACAAAAGUCUAAACCUAGCACUGGAUCAAAACCAUCAGUGAAAUCCUCAGGAUCUGCUAAGAGUGAUUCAAGUACCCGUUACAAGCCAAAGAAUCCUGAAGAUAAUAACUUACCAGAAAGUAAAGAAACAGCUGAGAAACCUGUCCAGCGUAAGGUCAGUGAUUCUGCAAUUUACCUGUCUUCAGCUAUUGUUGUAUCUGAAUUACCAGAGGAUGGAUGUACUGAAGAAGAUAUUAGAAAAGUAUUUCAACCAUUGGGAAAACUGAAUGAGAUAUUGGUUGUUCCAUAUAGAAGGGAGGCUUACUUGGAAAUGGAAUUAAAAGAGUCUGUUUCUGCUAUCUUCAAGUAUAUUGAAAAAACACCUCUUAAUAUAAAAGGAACACGUGUGAAAAUAAGUGUUCCUGGAAAGAAAAAAUCACAGAGCAAAGACGUGAAGAAAAAGCCUUCAGAUUCAAAGAAAACAUCUACUUUAAAAAAAGACUCAGAUCCUUCAAAAACUGUUGAAACUGUGACUUCAACUUCCACUACUACCAAAAUUGGACAAGCCAAGCCAUCAGCUAAAGUGAACAAGCCUUCUGGGAAAUCCUCAAGUGCUGUGAAGUCUGUGAUAACGGUAGCUGCUAAAGGUAAUAAAGCUUCGGUCAAAAUAGCAAAACCAAUUGGAAAGAAGUCCCUAGAAGUCAAAAAGCCUGGCAUUGUGAAAAACAAAGACUCUACUAAACCUUUGAUGGAACCAGAAAAUUCUGAUGUUAAGACCAAUGUGGAAGACAAAGCUGCUGAAAAUAGUAUUAAAGAAACAGUUACAGCAGCUGCUUCAAAGAAAACUGAAAAGCACGGACCAGUCAGCAAGGAAACAGAGGGAAUGUGUGUGGUCCUGGUGGGUAAUUUGCCUACUAAAGGUUAUUCUGUGGAAGACAUUUGUAACCUAGCCAAACCAUUUGGUGGUUUGAAUGAUAUUUUACUUUUAUCAUCCCACAACAAGGCAUUCAUAGAAAUAAGUAAAAAAUCUGGAGAUUCUAUGGUGAAAUUUUACAAUUGCUUUCCAAUAUCAUUGGAUGGAAAUCAGCUCUCAUUGAGUAUGGCUCCUGACAACGUGGCUAUAAAAGAUGAGGAAGCUAUUUUUAUGACCUUGAUUAAAGAAAGUGACCCAGAGGCUAGCAUAGAGAAAAACUAUAAUCGAUUUGUACACUUUGAUAACUUGCCUGAAGAUGGACUUCAAUGUGUACUUUGUAUUGGACUUCAGUUUGGAAAAGUGGUUCAUCACAUAUUCAUGAAUAAUAAAAACAAGGCAAUUCUUCAGUUAGACAGUCCUGAGUCAGCUCAGUCAGUGUACCACUUCCUGAAAGAAAACCCACAAAACAUAGGAGACUAUGUGCUGACCUGCACCUUAUCUCCAAAGAUAGACAUACUAGAGGUAAGAGGUGUUUUGGAAAAAGACUCAGAACAAGGAAGAGAGAGCCCUGACUUGAAAAACAAUCCAGUUGAUGAGAAUGAGGUGCAAACAGCAGCUGAUAGUCCCUCUGUUAAACAUGAUGAGGUUGAAGAAGAGUCUGCUUCCAGCAUUCAAGCAGAACCUUCUGUGCAACUGGAAGAACCUUGCGAGGAACAGCUUGAAAAGACACUUUCUGACUCUGACUUUGCUCUUGUACCAUUGGAAGUUGAACCUCAGGGGGAAGAAAUCAAAGUAGAAAUUCCUCUGGUGGCAUCUACUCCAGGCUGUAUUGAGCUAUUCACGGAAGAUGUAGAGGAGUCUACUUUAAACCAGCAUGUGUUUUCCACUGACUUUGAGAAAGAAGAGGCAGAAAUUGUUAACCCUGAAACAGAUUUCCCAACGUCUGACAGUUUGUUUUUAGAAGAAGGGAACAUAAAGGAAAUUCUAGAAGAAUCUCCAUCUGAAACAGAAGACUUCUUCUCUGGAAUUACACAGUCUAUGGUUGAAGCUGUAGCUGAAGUGGACAAACAUGAGACUGUUUCAGAAAGAGUGCCGUCUGCUUGUGUUGUGGCCAUGGUACCAGGAAUUUCUACUGAGGAUGAGACUGUGAUGAGCAGAAAGGGAAUUUCAGAAAAAAGUAGCUUCAAUGAAAGAGAAGAGAGUGAAUUCAAUACACUGGAUCUACAGACAAGAAGAGAGGAGGUUGAACAGAGUGAAGCUGAAAUGAUUACAGAGAAAUUGGGAAAAAAUGUGGAAGUGAUGAAAGAAAAGCCUGUGGAAAACACCAUAGCCAAGGCACACUCAAGUAAAGGAGGGGCCCAGGCCAGCAAGUCUGACGAAAUGAGUAAAACCACUGUGUCUGCUCUGUCCAGCAGGAAAUCACCCAUCAAGGCUGCCCUUGUCUCCUCUCCAAGGGUAAAAGCUACAACUCCAAAAUCAGAAAACCAGAAAAGUUUUCUAAAAUCUGUGCUCAGAGAUCAAAUAAAUGCUGAAAAGAAACUUGCAGCCAGGGAACUGGGUUUCCAUAAACUUCUAAGUGCUGGAUCAGGCAUGGCUGAAAGCAGCAAAUUUAGACUCGCUCAGAGUGGUGGUGCCAGAGUUGGAAGUGGAAGGUUCUCAGCCCCACAAGGCAAGGCAUCUAAACUGGAUUACAGGGAUUCUAAACAGUCUCAGGAAACACCAGUGAAAUCCUCCGUCAUGAAACGGGAUGACAGCAACAAGACUUCCGUUGGGCAAAAUACUAAGAAUUCUAAAAGCGCCACUGGCAGAAGUUCCAAGUCUAAAGAGGAACCAUUAUUUCCAUUUAAUUUGGAUGAAUUUGUUACUGUGGAUGAGGUUAUAGAAGAGGUUAAUCCAUCUCAAGCCAAGCAGAAUCCACCAAAGGCAAAGAGAAAAGAAGCUUUCAAAACUAUGCCUUCCUCUCCACUGAACGUAAAGAGGAAAAAAGGAGAAAGUUGUGCACGCCAUGUUGUUGAGGGAGAAGUGUCUUUUGUCACAUUGGAUGAAAUUGGAGAAGACGAUGAUGCCGCUGCACCACUUGCACAGGCUCUCGUCACUGUGGACGAGGUCAUUGAUGAAGAAGAAUUAAAUAUGGAAGAGAUGGUGAAGGAUUCAAAUACGUUGCUUACAUUAGAUGAAUUAAUCGACCAGGAUGAUUCCAUUUCCCAUGGUGAACCUAAAGAUGUUACUGUCCUGUUGGUGGCUGAAGAAGACGAUCUUCUCAAACAAGAACGCUUGGUAACUGUGGAUGAAAUUGGAGAAGUAGAGGAGUUACCUUUAAAUGAGUCGACAGACAUCACUUUUGCCACUUUAAAUUCUAAAGGAGAUGAAGGAAAUACUGUAAGGGAUCCCAUUGAUUUCAUUUCUUCUCAGAUGCCGGAAGAUCCUUCUACUUUAGUUACUGUAGAUGAAAUACAAGAAGAAAACAACGACCUGCAUUUAGUGACUUUGGAUGAAGUCACUGAAGAGGAUGAAGAUGCACUUGCUGAUUUUAAUAACUUGAAAGAGGAACUUAAUUUUGUAACUGUUGAUGAAGUUGGAGAGGAAGAAGAUAGAGAAACUGACUUAAAAGUUGAGUUAGCACACAUCAAAACUGAUCCCAUCGGUCGAAAGGUUGACAGAAUAAAGAGAGGUGUGGGUCCCAAGAAAACGAAGCUUCCUUUGUCCCAAGUGAAUCAAGAAAGUGAGACUCCUAAGGGAGAAGAUCUAAAAGGCAUGGUUGAAAGCCAUUUUUCAGCUAAAGCACCAACCAAGAGAGUUAGAGCCGAGGAAACACCACCAUCAGAAAAAGUUGUUGCAUCAAAACCAGAAGAGGAGGAAGCCUUUAAAAUUAGUGAAGUUGAAGGAGACCCUGAUGACCUGAGCAGCUCAGAACCAGAACAGAAGCGUAUGAAGACUGAGGAUGAUGACAGUGCUUUAGGAAGAUCAGAGGAUCCUGAUGUCCCUGCAGAUUUAGAUUUCCUUGUGCCGAAAGCUGGAUUCUUCUGUCCAAUUUGUUCCCUCUUCUAUUCAGAUGAAAAGGCAAUGACAAGUCACUGCAAGAGUACACGUCAUAAGCAAAACACAGAGAAGUUCAUGGCCAAGCAAAGAAAGGAAAAAGAACAUGAGACUGAAGAAAGAAGUUCGAGGUGA